AUGGAUCAAAGUUCACAAAAAAGUAGUCUUUUUCCUUGGGAGCGCACAAUUAUACCGUCUUUCGCGUCCUUAAGAAACCAACCAAAGUCUUCUGAUGGUGUUUUCGCAUUUACUCCUUCUGUUGUUACUAAUGCUGUUGCUAAUGGUCAACAAAAGGAUCUAUGCACGGAAGUCACAAGAAAUUUUGCAGAUUCACUCUGCUAUAAUCAACUACCACUAUCGUCUGAUAAUAAUGAAUUGCAACAAAAUAAUCUAGAAGCAACAACAAAAUCAUCAAAUACUAUGAUGGCGAAGUUUUUGCAGCUUGAUAAGUCCUGGCCAUCAACGCCAAUUGCAACAACUACAACAACAAAGAAUUGUAGGAAUAAUAAUAAAACACCAUUACCAUCAUCAAACUCAAAUUUUAUAUCGAGCUUUAAUUCCCAAGAGAGUAUUAAGCAAAGUGAACUUAAUAGGGUCAAUAGAUUGAUGAGAAAACAAAAUAGUGAUAAAAUUUCUGACACUACUAAUACACCACAAUCAUCUAAAUCUUUUGGUACGCCACAAAAACAACUUCACGAAGACACUUCAUGGAGUAAAUAUUUGACACCGAUACGCCCUCCUGCAGCUCCAACUAAUGAAACAAUCAACAGCAAUAAUAGUAUUAAUAAUAAGGAGAAUUUAUUUGCUUCAACGUCCAAAGGAAACGAUAAAAGUUGUUUCUCGAUAAAGAUCGAUGAUAAUUAUAAAGAUGUAAUGCCCGCACUUCAGACCCUUCAAAUUCUCAACUUCAGCUCGUCUAAUACCGAUACAAAUAUUAUGACGACGACACUUCAAGACCAAAAUCCCAAGGACAUUGAAAGACAAUAUGAAGAAUUUGUUAAAGAAAAGGCAAAUUUCGAACACUACAAAAACAUGGAACUCUCAGAAAUCGAAAUUAAAAAACAACAAGAGCUACAAAUCAUAGAAACCGAGAAGAAAAAGUGGACUAAAACGCGGACAGAAUUGGAGUUGGCGCCUUCGCAAAGACAUAUUCAAGAAGUGGAUAGUCUCCAAAAACAGAUAUGUGAUUUACAGUAUACUCUGCAUCAUCGAGAAAACAUUCAUCGGAUUGAGUUGGAAAGACUAAAACGACGAAUUAAUGAGUUGUCACGACAAAAUCAAGAACUUUUAAAGAAUCAGAAGGACGGAAGCGCAAGUUACAUCCCAUCAUUAGAAUCUUCAUCAAAAUCCAAAGAAAAUUAUCGUCAUUUUCAUCAAAAGAGUAUUAACAAUAGCUGCGAAUAUACAGAAACUGAUAGAUCUUCAACAAGUAAAACUGUAAAAUUCAAUCUGCCACCAAAUCCUGGAUGUGAGAAAUUGGACAAGCUUGCCGAGCAAAUAGAAAAUAUUGGGACAUGUGUCGAGGAAACCAUAAAAAACGACGAAGGGAAACUAGAACGCAUUUACUCGAAUGGAACACGCUUAAUUUUAUUGUCAAAUGGUGUUAUAAAAGAAAUCAGGGGUGAUAGUAUUGUUAUAGUGCAUUUUGAGAAUGGGGACAUAAAAGAGAUUGUCCCACAUCAAAAAAUCACUUAUUUCUACACGGACGGAACAGUACACACAAUUUUCGCAGACGGAGAAGAAGUCGUUGAAUAUUGUAAUGGACAGAUUGAACGCACACAUUCCGACGGCACUGCGGAAAUACAAUUCCCUGAUAAUGUUGUGCAACACAUAUUUUCUAAUGGAGAGGCAGAAACCGUGUUGCCAGAUCAACAAGCAAUCAUCUGA